GUUCAAGAAUCAUGAAAUUUCAAUACGCCGUUCCUAUUAUAGCGAUCUUGCACAUCUUUUUUGUUGGGUGUCAUUCUUACUGCAUUGGAACCUGUUAUUCUGGACGACUUUUCCCAGAGACCCAAGACAUCUUCCAUGGAAAACAUCUCAAAGGAUACUCAUACAACAACAUCACCACUAAUGAUCCAGUCAAGUGCUACCAUCAUUGCGUCCAAGAUUGUCGUUGUAAGGCGUGCCAGAUGAAAGAUGCAAGAUGUGAGUUGCUGGAUGAGGAUAAGACUUUCAAGGCUGACAAUUUUACAGCUGAGUCAGGAUACGUGUACUUUGAUCUUAAACAGACACUGUACCAAGGGAAAUCUGACAUUGUACAACCAGGUGUGUGCUAUAAUGGUUGCUGUCGAUCUCAGCCCUGCAGGAACGGAGGGACAUGCGUAGAACACUGCAUCAGUCCAAAAAAGAAGUUCUCCUGCACGUGUACGCUGAACUACCACGGCAUUGUGUGUGACAAAACACACGUGUUCACCUCGUGCCUUGACGUAUUGAGAUAUCAUACGCCAAAAGGCAGUCAUCCAAAAAACGGAAAAUACUACAUGCAUCUUCCAGGUUUGAGAAACCGUCUUGUGUUUUGUGCAUUUGAGUCUAAAAACAGGGCCUGGACCCUCGUUGAGUCUUAUUCCAUAUCCAAAAUUGACAUCUAUCGUGCAAUGGUCUUUCAUCAAUUUAUUGCGCGAAAUCAUAACAAUCCAAACUGGAAUGACCAUCGCCAAGGCACGCACUUCAUAAACUACAUUCGAUCAAAGUCCACUAUGUUUCGAGUCACGUGUGACUUUCCUCGCAGAUCCUCAUUGGUUCCUGACUAUCUCUUUGGUUACCUGCGUGACUAUGACAUCAUUGACCAUGGUGAUGCUAAUCCUGUAUCCCAGAAUGCUUAA